AUGGAAGAUAUAUUUGCACAAGCAUCACUUUCUUAUUUAACAAAUCGUUGUGAUGAAGGUUUUGAAUUAAUUUAUUUAUUUUUCAUUACAUCUCCAAAUACUCGAUUACUUACUCCGGAAGAAGAAGAAGUUUUUUGUCUUAUAUCAAUAAAUAUAAUUGAAAAACGAUAUAAAUCAUGGAUAAAACUGAAUCGUAUUUUAACACAAACAGAUAAUUUUCUAAAACGUCAAUCAAUUGAAAAUUAUAUUAACCAAAUUUUAAAUGAAAUCAAUAUGUAUUCGAAUAAAAUAUUUUCUUUAAUUGAAAAAUAUUUGUUAUCUGAAAGAAAAUAUUUUUCUUAUAAAAUUCAAGGUGAUAUUCAUUUUUUUCUUAGUCAAAUAUCAAAAUAUGAGAAAAAACUUCAACAUUUUUAUUCUUCAUUACAUUUCUAUAAUCAAUCGUUAGAAAUUUGCCAAGAAAAUACCAAUGAAUUCGUUUCCACAACCUAUAACAAAGCAUUAGUAUGA